CCAUCUAAUCUAAUCUUUCCUUCAUAUCCAUCUCAAUCUAACGCAAUGGUUAAUUUACCAGCGAUAUCUUUAAGAAAUGUAAGAGAUAAUGAUAGAGACAGAUUAAGGACGAGAAGUCAUCACACUUGGGGAAUGAGAUUGGGACGAAGUCGUGACGAAAUGAAAUGGCAAAAUGAACCCACUGGACUACAUCAAUUAGAAAAACUAGCUAGACGAUCAGUAAGACUUAUGGAAAAACAUGGAACAAAUACACCGGACAGUUACAUACAAGUAAUGGAUUUAUUAAGGCAACAAUAUAAUAUGAAUUUUAUGGUUCUGUGCGAAAAGUGCAGUGGCCCACAUAAUCAGGAUGAGUUAUUAGCCCCCGAGCGUUAGCGGCUUCAGAGACUUUAUAACUUUAACUUAUGUAAAAGUUAGUUUAGAUAU